AUGGCCCAGUUUAUAGAUAGCUUACAAGAGAUUAUAGCUCGUAAAGUGGAGCGAGCUCAAUAUAGUGGGAUGCAUGACCUGUUGCACUUGUCAGAGCAAGUGGAGCAGCAGAUCAAGCACAAAACCGCCUUGUCAAACAGAAACCGUGCUCCUCAGACCUGGAACGCUAGUAGCUCCAAACCGGUGGACAAAGGAAAGGUUAUAGAAAUCGAUUCACGCUACAAAGGCAAAGCCACCAAAACAGCUAAGACUUCACGUGUGGAGCAAGGUAAGUUCUCUAGUGCGCCUAGAACUCGUGAAAUCAUAUGUUUUAAGUGUCAGGGGAGAGGUCACAUGGCUAGAGAGUGCCCAAACCAACGUGUAAUGGUGUUGCUACCCGGUGGAGACUAUGAGUCUCAAGAUGAGCUCGAUGAUGAGCCAGAUGAUCUCGGAGAAGAAGUAGAGUACCCUGACACGGGAGAUCUAUUGGUGACUCGACGUGUGCUCAGUGUCCUUGUCAACCAGGAGGAGAAGCUCCAACGUGAAAAUUUGUUUCACACUCGUUGCACCAUCCGAGACAAGGUAUGUAACUUAGUCAUUGAUGGAGGAUCUUGUGAUAAUGUUGCUAGCAAGGUUAUGGUGGACAGGUUGAGACUAGAAACCGUUAAACACCCUCGACCAUACAAACUAAAAUGGCUCAAUGACACGACCGAGCUGAAAGUUACCAAUCAAGUCACCGUUCCCUUCAGUGUAGGCAAAUACCGAGAUCAAGUCUUGUCUGAUGUAGUGCCGAUGCAGGCUGGACAUAUUUUUCUAGAGAGACCUUGGCAAUAUGAUCGAGCCACAUUGCACAAUGGACGUACUAACUUCUAUUCAGUCACUCACAAAGACCACAAGUAUAAGUUGGCUCCACUUACACCCUCCGAGGUACAUGAAGUACAAGCUAGAAUGAGCAAGGAGCAGCAGGUAAGUAAAACUAACUUAUAUCUCACUUUUGGCGCCGUUUCAAAAACUUUAAGUGCCAAAGGCACUGUGCUACUAAUGGUCUACAAAGAAUGUUUGAGCGCAGAAAAUAAGGAGUUAGAUAUACCCCCGGAGAUUCAAGCUCUCAUUGAACGAUUCAAGGAUGUUUUCCCUGAUGAAAUACCAGCCGGCCUGCCUCCCAUUCGAGGAAUUGAGCAUCAAAUAGACCUCAUCUCAGGUGCAGCAUUGCCCAACAAGCCAGCUUACAGAAUGAAUCCCGAGGAAAGCAAAGAACUUGAGAGGCAAGUAAGAGAUUUGAUGGACAAGGGCUAUGUGCGAGAGAGCCUCAGCCCGUGUGCGGUCCCUGUGUUGUUAGUGCCUAAGAAAGUUGGCACUUGGAGGAUGUGCGUUGACUGUAGGGCUGUUAACAACAUCACCAUCAAGUACAGACACCCUAUACCUCGUCUUGACGACAUGCUUGAUGAACUAAGUGGUGAAACAAUCUUCUCAAAGGUGGAUCUUAAGAUUGGGUACCACCAGGUGCGAAUGCGUGAAGGAGAUAAGUGA